AUGGCCGAGGAAGCAGUUAUUUUCCCGUCAGAACCUCUCUUUAUGAUUGAUCGAGGAUGGGAGCGGCGCAAAAAGACGACACGAAGGAAUUCUCCUUCCCGAGGAAUCAGAACCCAACUCGCGCGGGUUCCCGAAGUUACUAUCACUGUUGCGAAAGGGUCAUCCGCUGCGAAGUCUACCUCGACAAGGCGCACGCGCAAUUCCAAGACGGCGAAGAGCAGCGCCGAGGAAUCCACCAAACUACAGUUUUUGAACUACGAACCUUCCAAGGAGGAGAAAAAACAGUUGUCACAGCAAAAGAAGCCCAGGAGGCUAAGUGACAAGAAGAUCUCUAAGCUACAGGGACCGCGAUCGAGUCCUCCUGUGGACGCUGGUACCGAACCACAGGAGAAUCGGAAUCUCUCGCCCACACUGUUGAAGACGAUGCCGGGAGCCACGGCUCCGCUUUACAAUGUGAUCGAUCCUGAAACGAAAGCCUUCCAAAGCCUGCUGAGUUACUAUCCCACCCGUAUUGGUGCUGCAAUGUUCCCAAUCGGCAAACGAGGUUCUUCUUCACACAAUUCUGUUCUCCUCUGCCCUCCACCGUGUAUCCACCUGUCACGUCUACAAUUUAAAGAUUCUGACCUUCUUAUGAAGAUCAUCCUCGACAGACUUAAUCCUAGACUGAAUGAUGGGAAACCUUCAGACGCGACGAUUGGGGCCGUCUCAUGUCUUGCCCUAUGUGAGAAUCAACGGGGGAACCAUAGCAAAUGGGCAAUGCAUGCCGCCGGAAUGUCCCAAAUGAUUCGUGUUCGAGGAGGGGUAUCAUCGAUUCCAGAGGCCAUGCGCAUGAAAAUUUAUCGAGCGGAUAUUAUCAGCGCCGUCGACACGCUGUCAACACCUCAUCUGCCUCGCCCAGCCUGGACAUCCACAUCCCUCUACCAAGGAGUGAGUCUCAAUGCGUCUCCAAACCAAUCUCUUAUUCUGAUGCUCGUCCACGUCGAAUUGGCGCCCACACUUUUCGAUGUCUUCCUCGACCCGUCCUACCUUUGUCAAGCCUUGGAACAUGCAGCCUCAACCAUGUCACAAUCGACCCUAUUGCAUAUGACGAAGACACUAUUUGUAUUCAACACGACUUGCUGA